UCGCACCGGCAGCAGCUCCGUCUGGAAGGUCAAACACACAAUGGCACCGCCGAAGAAAGUGUGUGUGAUCGGCUCCGGUAACUGGGGGUCGGCCAUCGCCAAGAUUGUGGGCGCCAACGCGGCCAAGUAUGACACGUUUGACAGCGCGGUGAACAUGUGGGUGUUCGAAGAGACGGUGGACGGCCGUAAACUCACCGAAAUAAUCAACACGGACCACGAGAACUUGAAGUACCUGCCCGGCCACAAGCUGCCCCUCAACGUGUUGGCCGUCGCAGACUUGGCCGAGUCCGUGAAAGGAGCCGACGUCCUGAUCUUCGUGGUGCCGCACCAGUUCAUUGUGCGCGUGUGCGACACCAUUAAAGACCACAUCAAGAAGGAUGCUGUGGGGAUGUCUCUCAUCAAGGGUGUGGAUGCGGGUCCAGAGGGUCUGAAGCUGAUCUCUGAGGUCAUCCGAGGGAAGCUGGGCAUCACGGUGACCGUCCUCAUGGGAGCUAACAUCGCCAACGAGGUCGCCCAGGAGAAGUUUUGCGAAACAACGAUCGGGUGCAGAGACAAGGCUGUCGGGCCCAUGCUGAAGGAGCUCAUGCAGACCACCAACUUCCGUGUGACGGUGGUGGAGGAGUCUGAUGUCGUGGAGAUCUGCGGGGCGCUCAAGAACAUCGUGGCGGUGGGAGCCGGUUUCUGUGACGGCCUGGGCUUCGGCGACAACACCAAGGCGGCGGUGAUUCGCCUGGGCCUGAUGGAGAUGAUCGCCUUCGCCAGGCUCUUCUGCACAAACUGCCAAGUGUCCCCCGCCACCUUCCUGGAGAGCUGCGGCAUCGCCGACCUCAUCACGACCUGCUACGGCGGACGCAACCGCAAGGUCGCGGAGGCCUUCGCCAAAACAGGCAAAAGCAUCGAGCAGUUAGAAAACGAGAUGCUGAACGGUCAGAAGCUUCAAGGUCCAGCGACGGCGUCCGACGUCCAUCAAAUAUUGAAAGAUAAAAACAUGCUGGAAAAGUUUCCCCUCUUCACCGCCGUUCACCAGAUCUGCUUCAACGGCCACCCGGUCACAGAAUUCAUCAAGCGUUUGCAGAACCACCCGGAGCACAGCUGAAGGAGCCAGAAGAGUGGCAGGACGAUCGGGAACGGACUCGCGAGAGCGACUGUGAAAACCCAGGUGAAUGUGGUGGAGACUGUUCUGCCCGAGUGCUUUCAUGUUUGAAUCUCAAACACUCAACAACACAGAGUUGCCAUGACAAUACCAACGAAAUCGCUGACUUCUGUUUAGAUUUAUGAGAAAGGAAUUGUUGCGUUGGAAUCGACCACGUCUUAAAGGUUUAACGUAUUUAUACAACGCUCAGACCCCCACCUGAAUGUUGUGAAAUGUUACGUAACGGUUUGGCUUGUUUUUUUCUUCUUGAUUUACGAUGAUUUGGGGGUUUUGGAAUAAAUUAUUAAGCUUGCUGACUUUGCGCCUGUGCUCGUGUUUAAUGUUUAAUGUUUGACUCGCUGGGAUCUCCCUGCAGGACACACUCACACCCACUCUGCUGCCGCCUCGCUGUAACCUGAGCUGAGCUCAGCCAGGCUGCCACUCUAAACUCUUCACCUUUACCAUUUUCUAAAGCGUCUAUUCAACCUUUUCUUUUUAAGUUCACGUCACGUCUCAGUUCUCAUGAGUGAUGACUGUGUUGUUCAGUGUGGGUAUUUGAGAUUAUUUCAAUAGGAAUUAGGAAUGCUGUCCAAAAUCAACCCACUGGACUUAUUUGUUUUGUUUUGAUUCAUUCAGAAACAUAUUGGAAGAUGUAAUCUCUAUAAAUUAUGUUUAAAAUGCAAUAAACAUAUUAAUUCUA